AUGGGAGCUAUGUUGGACAACUUGUCCCACUCCAUUUCAAAUGCUAUCUUGGCAUCCAAAUAUGCUUCUGGCUUGACACUCCCUAAGGCUACAAAAAAGACCCACUAUAUGGUCAAACACACCUCCAAAUCUGUACAUACAGACAGGUUGCGUCCUGUUACCAUUGAUGACGUGGUGCCCCUACGUAAAAGAGCCACCCAUCGGGCAAAAAUGGUGCAGACAUGGAAGAGGGCAAAGUCCCUGACUGAUUCUUCUGACUCUGGGUCGGAAUCUGAGGAGGUUUCUGACUCUGCUAUCCUUGACCCGGAGGGAGAAGCCCUGUUUAACCCCAAUUCCCUGCAAAACCCAAGGUCAGCUGAGUGGUACCACACUGACCAUGUGGCCAAGUAUAUUGCGGCUAGGAUUAGAGAACUCCUAGAGAACCACUAG